AAUGCAGUGCUCGUCGAUCUCGCCCUCUAGUGCGACUAAUGGACCGCCUUUACAUGCAUUCAGCAAUCAGGGAGAGAUAGCUUCACACACGCGCGGCACACACACCCAUUCAGACCUUCGCUCUCCGCGUUCGUGUGCGCGCUCCUUGUAAAUCUCCAACCUUGUGAAAUCGAAUAGGAAGACACUUGUGGCACAAGAGCGAUGAAGAUCAGUGCGCAUAGGAUGCUGUUUGUGUUCAUCAGACCGUAAAAAUAUUUAAAUAUAUUAUUAUUUACUAAAAGGAUCUCCAAACUUUCAAAAAGCCGACUGAUGUGGACAGAUGUGCUGAUCCAGUUCUGAAUCAGCCGAUCAUCAAGACAAAAGAGAAGAGGAAGACCACUGGAGGAGAAGAGAAAGACAGAAGGGCAUUAGAAAGUGAAGGUAGAGGAAGAAAGAGAGAGAAAUGAUGGAUCCGUUACCUGUGGAUACAGGAACAGUGGAUGAGUUGGUGGACAUCUGCAUACAGUCCUUUGACAAUGCAGGCACAAUAAAAAAUCCCUCCUUUUUGAAAAUGUUUUUGAUGAUGCAUCCUUGGUACAUUUCUUCUACCGAUCUGUCCAAGAAACUGCUGCUAAAGUCACAGGAGGGCAGCACUGAUGAGAUCAGAGCCCAAAUAUGCCACCUUGUAAAGUACUGGAUUUCCGAAUUUCCAGUAGAGUUUGAUCUGAAUCCUGCUUUGGCUGACCAGAUUAAAGACCUGAGAGAGAACCUGAACACUGGCGGCAAUGAAACACAGAGUCAACUUAUUGAUGUAGAGAGUGUGCCCUCGUACCAAUGGAAACGACAAGUUACCCAGAGAGUUCCCUCUAUGUCAAAAAAGAGAAAAAUGUCUCUUUUGUUUGAUCACCUGGACCCUUGUGAGCUUGCUGAACAUCUGACCUAUCUGGAGUACAAAUCCUUCUGCAAGAUAAUGUUUCAGGAUUACCACAGCUUUGUGAUGCACGGCUGUACAGUAGAUAACCCAAUUCUGGAGAGGUUUAUUACACUCUUUAACAGCGUCUCACAGUGGAUUCAGCUGAUGGUUCUCAGCAAGCCCACUGGACCGCAGAGAGCUGCCGUGAUUGCACACUUCAUACAGGUCGCGCAGAAACUACUACAGUUGCAGAAUUUCAACACGUUGAUGGCAGUGGUCGGGGGUCUCAAUAAUAGCUCCAUCUCUAGGCUGAAGGAGACACAGGCACACAUCAACAAUGAAACCAAUAAGAUCUUUAACAGUUUGUUGGACCUGGUGACAUCUUGUGGCAACUACAGUCAAUACCGGCGCCGAUUCGCUGAAUGCACAGGGUUUCGUUUCCCAAUCCUGGCCGUUAACCUCAAGGACUUGAUAGCCGUUCAUGUUGCUCUGUCCGACUGGACAGACCCACAGAAGACUCGUGUCAACUUGGCCAAAUUUCAGCAACUCUAUGCGAUCCUGCAGGAAUUAGCCCUCGUGCAGAACACUCCCCCGAACAUUGAGGCCAACACAGACUUGCUCAAUCUACUUACAGUGUCACUGGAUCAGUACCACACAGAAGAGGAGAUUUAUCAGCUCUCAUUACAGAGAGAACCCAGAGCUGCAAAACCUGCGAACUCAACAACUUCCUCCAGUCCAGCUCCUAAACAACUAUCAAUGAUUGAUGAAUGGGCAGCAUCGGUGAAGCCCAAAGCUAACCCUGUUAUCAUCAGCAAACAUAUCGAGAAGAUGGUGGACUCUGUGUUCAAGAAUUUUGACACAAACGGUGACGGCUUCAUCUCACGUGAAGAGUUUGAAUGCAUCAGGAAUAACUUUCCAUAUCUCAGCAAGUUUGGAGAACUCGAUAAAAAUCAGGAUGGAAAGAUCAGCAGGGAGGAGAUGAUAGAUUAUUUUAUGAAGGCCAGUUCUUUGCUCAAUUGUAAGAUGGGCUUCAUACACACCUUUAUGGAGACUACAUAUGUGAAACCCACCUUCUGCGAACACUGCACCGGCUUUAUAUGGGGCUUUUAUAAACAAGGAUACAAAUGCAAAGUUUGUGGGGUGAACUGUCAUAAAGCAUGUCAUGGACGUCUGACGAUUGAAUGCCGUAAAAGAACGAAGAGCAUCAGUCAUGAAACACCCCCGUCAUUACAGUCCAGAUCCUACAGCUUUCCUCUGUCCAGUAAUGCUCAAUCAAACCUGCAGAACACAGUCAUCACAGAAGAGGAUGUUGAGGCAGCUGAACAGGGUGUAUUUGACUGUCACCUUUAAACUGUACAGAUUUUCGUGUUGGGGCAAAUUUCUUCCAAUCACACCCAAU